UGCUCAAUGCUUUCUUCUCCUUGUGAUUUGCGGCUUACUUGGACUGCAUGACAUUCAUCCAUGAGAGUCCCGUUUAAGCUUGUCCGCCUUGUUGUUAUUGUUAUUGCUGUUGUUGUUGUUGUUGUUGGUGGUGGUGGUGGUGGUGGUGGUGGUGGUGUUAUGAUGACGAUGAGGGCGAUAGUGUUGACCCCGACCCUGAGGUGACAGAAAAAGAAAGGAACACUCGAAUGGGACAAGGAAUGCUGGCUGCUCGCCGAAAACAAAGAUGAGUGACGAAUGAGUAGGCCUACCUACCAACGUACGUACUGAGGGCAUUUCACAGCAGGUGCUGAAACGGUGAAGUGUGCAAGAGGGUGUGCAAAAUCGGCCAGAUCAAAUCGAGGUAGUUCGGCAAACGAGUCCUGUUCUUCGGUGUGUAGGGCGAGGUUUGUGUCUUUUUGAGGCGAGGGAUAAGAGGAGACGAAGAGAGAGAAACGAGUGUAACUUUGAUUGCCGGCUUAGCUCUUUUUAUUGUGCUGGGUAAUUAUGAGCUGAUGCUAAAUAGAGCAAUUCCAACAAGCGAAUGAAUCUCUCCCCAAAAUAUUUGGCUUCACCGUGGAGGCCCUCCUCUCCUUGGCAUCGAAUACUGUAUGUGUUUAUUGUAUGGCGAUGAAAAUGUGAUCAUUUCUUGGUCCCUUCGCUUCGCUCUAUUUAUUGCUCAAGACCAGAACUCGAUCAAGUUCUUGCUACGCCACUACAUAGAAACACACACAUUCAGAGACCCGAGAUCCACCGAGAUUUGGAAGGAACUGCGCUUGGAAGCACCCACACUGGAAGAAGAAAUCCUUUUGUUUGCCUUGGAAUAUUACGUACAACGACAAGGACUGGAACGUAGUGGUCCGUCCUUCUUUCAUCCGGUGGUGUGUGUCUCUGUGUAUGUGUGCAUAAAGAAUUACCACUACUUGAUAUAGACAAGAAGGCCAUCGGCACCACUAUCAUCCACGGUUCGGCCAUCCCAAUAUCACCCAUUCCCCCACACACAUAGCCAUACACAACUGCAACCACCACCACCACCACCACCACCAUCAAGCUAAGCAAGGAGCCACUCAAUCAGAGCCUUCUUUCUCACCGUCCUCGUCUGUGUACUUGUCUUGUUCUUGUUGAGUAAAGGCUCUACAAGCAGUCAACAGUAAGGGCCCAACGCUCCCAAGAAAGAACCUACGGAAACGCUCGGACGGACUUGGUCCUCAUUGAACCAUCCCAGUGGCAGAAACCAAGAAUUGCUUGGGGGCUACCGUAACGAAGGCAAAGAAGAAAAGUAAAAGAAGAUGAAGAGGACCAGUGACUUUGGAUUGGGUCCGUUCUCAAGGGGAUCAGAUUCCUCGCGUGGAAUGCACUGAGGACAGCAACUACAAGAACAUAUUUCAGCUUGAACUGAGUCCAAGCAUUCCAAUUUGCCUUCAAUGAUUAAUUGUAGAAGAAGCAGAUCAAUCUUAGUGGGCACCACCUGCCCAAGCACAGCAUUGUUGUCCGCUAAAAAACAUUGGCUGGUUUCGGUAGCGACAAAUCAAGCCUGGCCUCUCCCUCCCACUUGCGGGUAUGAAUGAGAAUCCUUGUCAACGUCACGACCAGUGCAGAACUAACCAAAAGAUAACCACCACGGUCAGCCGUAUUUAGUUCUAAGCUCUCAGCCUCACGGUAAUGUGUAUGAGAGUGUUAGAGAGAGGAAGAGAGAAAGACAGAGAGAAAGAGACCGAAGACCGAAGAUCGAAGACCGAAGACUGACCGACUGAAACCACUGUGAGCGUGAGCCCGAGAACGGGUAGAUUAUUUUUUGAACCAACAAGACCAGCCUUGCCUAACAAAGCAUUGAUAAUGAAACAUUGAAGGUCACGACGGUCCAAAACGUCCAAACAGAGAAAUAAUGGGUCCUCUGGCUGGAAAUGGAUACGUUCAUGAGGACGACGAUUGGGACAUUGAGUUGGUGGUCCAAGGGCGGGAAAUCGUCGUAAGUGAACAACUCCUCGUUUUACAUUCCAAAUAUUUUGCUAGAGUUUUCGGCCAACUUGACAGCGAACAGGACACAGUGGUCUUGAAACGUGAUCUCGGUUUGGAUCCCCUCUCAAGGGACCGGGAUCAGGAGCCUGAUGAGGGCAACGUCCAAUCAAAUGCCUCCAAUGUUAGUGGUGGCUGUGAUGGUGGUGGUGGUGGUGGUAGUGGUAGUGGUAGUGGUAGUAGUGAUGGUUCCAUUCCGACAUCCUCCACGGGAGAACCACUCACGCAAAUCAGUCACGCCACAAUGGCCACACUCGUGGAGUUCUUCUAUUCUGGCAAUUUGCAGAUUGCCGAGCACAACGUCAAGCAUUUGAUGGAGGCAUCUGACUUGCUGGCGAUCGAGUCUGUGGACAAGCAGUGCUUCACCUUUCUCGCGUCCAACGUGUCCAUUUCGAAUUGUGUCAAACGCUUCAUAGUGGCGGAUGGCAAGCCAGCAUGGCGGAAACUGGCCAAGAAGCUCCUCCACUUUAUUCAAUUACACUUUGAUUCCCUCAUGAAGUUGACCCAAAUCUAUCAACUCACCUCGCACCACCAGUUCAAGCGGAUCCUAGCGGGAGAAAGGCUGGCCGUGCCCCGAGAAGAAAAGACCUUAGAAGCUGUUUUGGAAUGGGUUCAAUAUGAGAGCGAACGUUACAUUCAUCUUUACACCCUGCUCCAAGAGGUCCAGUGGCCACUUGUCAAAAGCAGAGAGACCUUGAUCAACGCGCUCAAGGAUCCUUACAUUUCCUACGAGGAGCGUUGCAUCAAUCUUGUUUAUGAGGCUCUUCAAUACCAAGAGCUGGGCUACGAACAAAAACUGGAAUUUUGGAAGGAUCCUGUCCGUGGCAAAAAACCGAACCGUUGGCCCAAGCUUUUGGCCGCCCUCCCCUAUGCAGGCCAACUGAUUGAAUGCUUUGAUUUUGAGACGCUCACUUGGGCCCCCCUCACGAAUAAGCCCACGGCGGAUACGUUUGGCGCGGAAAUGUGCUAUUUAGAUGGCAAGAUAUACACGCUGGGAGGUGUCCAAAUGAAGACGGUCGAUCAAUUCGAUGUGGAAACAACUCAGUGGGCCGUCGAGUUUCCCAGUCUUUUGCAAUAUCGAGUAGCCCAUGGCGUUACCUCAGAUGAUGAGCGGAUUUAUGUGACGGGUGGAUCGGCCAAAGCCAGCCGGGACUUUGGCCCUGGACUCAAUGAGAUGGAAAUCCUCCAGAGUUGCUCUUCUUCGCCUGGAUCGUCCUCCAACACCAACACCAACACUACCACCACCAGUAACAGUAUCAGCGCUGCGAAAUGGAUCAUGGGUAGUUCCAUGGAUGUGGGACGAAGCUACUUGGCUUCAGCUCUCCUCCACGAGCCGGAUGAUCCCAGACACGCAGGGGAUCUGUUUGUGGUGGGCGGGUGCCUAACUGAAACAGUGUCCACGGCCGAGGUGUACGACUCAAGGACACGGAAAUGGAGGACCAUUGCCAACACUUUGUCAAAACGAGAUUCUCUGGCUCUGGUUUCUCUCGAUGGCGAACUGUACGCUGUGGGGGGAUUUAACAAUCUCGAGAACAAAUAUCUCAAAUCUGCGGAGCGCUAUGACCCCACUACAGACACAUGGACGGAGAUCAAUUCCAUGCAAGUCGGUCGAAGAAGUCCAGGUGUGGUUCGACAUAAAGGCAAGAUCUAUGCGGUGGGUGGAAUGGGUGAGAGUGAGGAUCUCAAAUCCGUGGAGGUCUACGAUGUCUUCCAAGACCAAUGGAAAAAGUUCCCUCAUCCAAUGAGGGACACUUGCGGCUGGGUCAGUUGCUGUCUUGUCGAGAAGCCCUUAAGAAUGAUGAAGAAUGAGCACGAAGAAAGAGAAGAGGAAUCAAAUCAGAGUGUCCCACUCUUACGAACAAACUCAUCGACAUCGUCCCAAAGGAACCCACAAGCCCGAAGCAAACGUUUUAGUCUUAUUGAAACUAUGGGACAAAACGUAUCAGGGGCUGGACAUCAUCGAGACAAUGGACGGAAACAAAGCCGAGACACCAGCUCCUCAUCAAGGACGAGGUCGACCCAACCAAGAAAACUCUCGCGACAAGAUGGCUACUCCUGAGAACGAACCCGCUCCUCCGAGGGCGAUUUACGUGUGGUCGUCCAAAAAAUCGAAUAAAAACAGUACAAUUCCGGG